AUGGCGUGCUGCCACAGCGAGAAGAAGACCAACUCCAGCAGCCUGCCCGUCCCGCGGCUGCUACGCAGUGCACUUCUUCUUCUGCUGCUGCUUGUUCUCUCGCCUUCGGCGUUCGCGGUCACGUACAACGUUAGCGCUGAUGGCGACGGGAUCGAUCUUUAUGAGGCCAUGGAUCUGGCUGAGGCCGGCGAUACGGUGAACCUCCAAAACGGCACCUACGACAGCGCCCUGGUUUCCGUCAGGGACGGCGAGUUCGGCAGUCCGAUCACCGUGGCCGGCGGAGCCGGGGGCCAUCAUCAAGGGGUCCUCCAGCAGCCGCUCCGUGUUCAUCACGCACAGCUUCAUCACGCUCAAGAGGCUGGAAACUGCUCCACCGUGCAGCUGCCGUGCAGCUGCCAGAAACUACCCAAGGGAUUCAGCGUUGAGGGAAAGAUCGGGUCGAACGACACCGACCAGGCUUCUUGGGUGAACAAAUGCGUGUACGUGGAAGGGCCCGGGGCUAAUUCGUCCGCCGUCCUCGACGGGUUCGUCAUGGAGGACAUGGUCGUCCAGAAUUGCGGGGGAGAGUGCGUGCGCCUGAAGGACUCCGUAGUCAACGCCCAGGUCACAGGAAACACUAUAUCUCGAACUGCGGCGUCCACGACUACAUGUUCAACUCGGAGGACAAGAACGGAGAAGGGGUCUACAUCGGCACUUCCAGCACCCAGCUCCGCGGCGCAUCGCAUCCGGUACCCCCCAGUCACCAAAAAAGAAGCACAAGAGUGGACGAACGGGGAGGACACGUGCAACGGCAACGUGGUCUCCAGGAACCUGAUUUCCACAAGCGGUAACGAGUGCGUCGACAUCAAGGAGGGCUCCUCCGGCAACGUUAUCGAGGACAACUUCAGAAGCGACCAGCUGAACGCGGAAUCCGGCUGCUACGACUCACGGGGCGACGGCAACACCUUCCGGUGUACGGCAACGAUUUCUAUGCCGUCGGCGUAG